AUGGCACCCCCCGAAGCCCACCACCUUUUUCACCGGCCGAUUGCCGACCACUCGUUCUCAUCGGAUAGAGGCACUCUCGCAGUGGCCAAAGAUAACGUUGUCGAGCUCUAUGAGGCCUCAGGUAGCAAUUACACCUUGAAAGAGGAGCUUAAAGGACAUGAUAAGACCGUUACCAGUGUAGACGUUGCUCCCAAGAGUGGACAGAUCGUGACCUGUUCCCAAGACAGAAAUGCCUACGUAUGGGAACAGACUGGGUCUGGAUGGAAGCCCACUCUCGUACUUCUCCGAAUCAACCGUGCCGCCACAUUCGUUCGCUGGUCUCCUUCCGAGCAGAAGUUUGCGGUUGGAUCAGGCGCCCGCGUUGUUGCAGUGUGCUACUUUGAAGAGGAGAAUGACUGGUGGAUCUCGAAACACUUGAAGAAGCCGAUUCGAAGUACCAUAACCACUCUUGGAUGGCAUCCCAACUCCGUCUUCCUCGCAACUGGCUCGACGGAUUCACACUGCAGAGUGCUUUCCAGUUACAUCAAGGGAAUCGACCAGCGCCCAGAACCUAGUGUUUGGGGUGAGAGAGUUCCGUUCAACACCAACUGUGGAGAGUACUUGAAUGACUCCGCUGGAUGGGUCCAUGGCUGUGCAUUUUCCCCAAGUGGUGAUGCACUGGCAUUUACUUGUCAUGACAGCAGCGUUACUGUCGUAUACCCUUCCGGCCCAGAUCAGCCUCCUCGUGCUAUGUUGAACAUUAGCACGAGGCUGCUACCAUUCAUGAGUUUGGUUUGGAUUAAUGAGAAUGAGAUAGUCGCCGCCGGACACGAUUGCCAAAUUUAUCGUCUGAAUGGAGACGAAGCUGGUUGGAAGCUAGCUGGAUCACUCGAGGUUAAAGGAGCCGCCAGAGGUGCUGUUGCUGAGGAGUCCGCCCUCAACAAAUUCAGGCAGAUGGACUUGAAGGGUAGCACCAAGGACGACUCUAAGCUCCAAAGUGUUCACCAAAACACCAUAUCUACCCUUAGGGUCUACUCUGAGAAUGGUGGCUCUGUUAAGAAGAUCAGCUCUAGCGGUGUUGAUGGCAGAGUUGUUAUUUGGGAUGUGUAA